GCACGGUUCGUAACGGCGACCCCCCCACGUGACACUGCCAUGGUUCGCCGCAGCUCCAGGGGAUUGCGAGUUUUGGCAGGUGCCCUCCUGGCCAAUGCACUGCUGAGCACCUUGAAUUUUGUCGUUCCAGGUGCUCCGGCCGCUCCUACCGGGCUUCGCGGCAGCCGCGUGCAGCGCUGGGCGGAGGAGGAGGUGGAGGCCCAAGUGCAGCCUGAGGUCGACGAUGGAAAGGCCCUGGAUCCUUCGAGUCCUGUUGGACUGGCAGGGAUGGUGGUGAUCAGCUUGGCGGUACUGCCCUAUGUGGUCUUGGCGAUCUAUAGUUCCGCCAAGCUGGCCACCACCGGACAGGCCUUUGAACCAUUCCUGCAAGGCGGAGCCUUAACCUUUACCGGCGUGGUGGGCAUUGCUGAAGGUGUGUCGGUUGUGGUCGUCUUUGGCAUGGUCCUGUGGUCCAUUUUAUCAUUUUUCUUACGCCUGGGCGUGGGCUUGCCUCAAGGCCCUUUUGGCAUUCUCGGGCUGACGACGACUCUGUCCUAUGUGGCCGCUUUUCUCUUUGCUUCCGCCAAUUUCCUGAGUGGACUGGGCGAGGAGAACCCCUUGCGCGGCAUUGAGCUGGCCACCCUGACGAAGUCCCCAGAGAAGUUGACGCAAGUCGCCAGCAAGGGCGCCAAGUUGUUGAACAAGGCCGAGGCGGAGGUGGAACGCAUCACUGCGGAGCCACGGGCACAGCUGGAGGAAAAGCUGAAAGAAGUGGAGGAGAAGGCCUCCACGGAACUCUCCAAGAGUCCGGUUUCGCAGUACAAAGUUCCGCUCCCCGACAUCAAAGUGCCAGAUAUCAAAGUGCCAGAUAUCAAAGUGCCGGAGGUGAACCCCCCCGAUGAGCCAAGCGAAGAGAGCGAGGAAGCACCGAAGGCGGCUGGCAUCCGAUGGUAUAUCGGGCCCCUGAGAAGGCAGAGGCCGAUCUCUUUAGCUGAGUUGUGGUACAAGUUUCAGAUCUGGACAUUUGAAAUCGGGAGAUCGCUGAAAAAAUGCAACCGCGGAGCCGUGGCUGAUGAUCCGGCCAUUUCUAGCAUUGUGACUAUGCACUCACCAGAGAUCAUGUCCUAUGCCAACAUCACCAACCUGAUGAACCAACGGUAUGCCGAGCGGCAUUCAUAUGGUUACCACAUCUUGAACCACACCAUUGACACUGCGCGAGUGCCACACUGGUCAAAAAUACAUGCGAUUCUGAUGCAUCUGCCGGACUAUGACUAUGUCUUCUGGAUCGAUGCUGAUGCCGUCUUCUACGAUCAAAGCAAACGCAUUGAAGAGGCGUUAAACUUGGAGGAGAAGGAGCAGGACAUCGAGAUCUGGGGUCAGGAUAUGUGGCCCGACUAUCCCAGUCUCCACCGAAAGGAGAUCAUGGAUGGGGGCACUUUUCUGGUGCGGAACAGCUUGUGGACACGUCGGUUUUUCAUCGAAAUGUACUACUAUCCACCCUGCCAAGAGUUCCUGAAUUUCACUGAGCAGUUCUGCUUUUCGGUGGCCUAUGAGGCCAACUUUCUGGACGUGAAGCGGAAGACCAAGAUUCUACCGACUCCGAGCCUCAACCAUCAUCGCCUACCACCUCCAACUGAGAAGCUCGCGAGAGGCAUUUCCGCUUAG